AGAAGAGAAUAGUGAUUUCAUAUGUUGUUGGAAAGCUGUCCUUCAUUGACACACCCAAGAUUUAUGACCAAGGAUCAAAUGUGGAGGGAAAAGUUAAAGCAGUUCACUACAAUAAUACACCCAUUCCUGACAUGCCAGUGUACCUGUUUGAGGGUGAAAGGUGGUCACCACGUCUGGUACAGAACCUCACAACUGACAGUGAUGGGAUUGCCACCUUCUCAUUCAACUCUGCUGACCUUAAAGGGGGCAUCCGCCUUCAUGUUGGCAACAAACCAACGCUGGACUACGUUGGUUAUAGAAUGCCAUACUAUGAGGUUGGAUAUCAAGUGUUGUCUGCAGCUGAACCUCCUUCUCCUGUUACUAAAACAGUCAGCACCCUGGAGGUGAAGAAGAAGGAUCAACCAAUUAUCUGUGACAGAGAAGAAGACAUCUCCAUCAAAUACACUGUAGUUGGAGAGACCCGGGGCCCUGUGGAUGUGAUGUAUCUGGUCUUAUCUAGAGGAGCCAUUAUCAUGCAAGGAGUUAAAAAGGUUGAAGUACAAGAUAAAUCAGUGACUGAGGGCGAGGUGUCCUUCAAGUUGACAGUGUCUGCAGAGAUGGCACCAGAGGUCCAGGUUGUAGCUUACACCGUCCUCCCCAGUGAGACUGUGAUCGCCCACAGGGCUGACUUCUCCACCGAGAAAUGCUUCAGUCACAAGGUGUCGUUGGAGUUUUCUCCGUCCUCAGCUGUUCCAGGAGAGGAAACCAUCCUGCAGGUGACGGCCCAGCCAGACUCUCUGUGUGGUGUGAGCGCUGUCGACCAGAGUGUCCUCAUCAAGGAACCAGGAAACACUCUGAAUGCAGACAAGAUAUUUGCCUUGUUGCCUGUCAGAAAAGCAUAUACUGUUCCAUAUGAGAUUCAAGAUCCUGAGGAAUGCUUGCAUUUGAGACAUAGAAGAUACGUGCCAUACUACCACGGACAAUGGGUCAAUGAACAUGAUGCUCAUUCAGUUUUCUGGUAUGUAGGGCUGAAGAUGGCAACAAACUUGGCUCUCAGAGUUCCUUCAUGCAUCAAGUACAAAGGAAGAGAAUACCACCAUGGCCAUUAUGGUAUACGUUGCAGAUAUGAGAGUGUUCCUCAGAUACACAGAAUGGAUUUACCAGGUGGUAUUUCUGGUUUUUCUGGUCCUCCUGGCCUUUCUGGCCUUCCUGGCCUUCCUACUGUUCCUCUCGUGGGUUCUGGAUUUUCCUCUCCUCCUCAGCCAGUAGAAACAGUCCGCACUUUCUUCCCUGAGACCUGGAUAUGGGACUUGGUGGAAGUUGGAGUGUCUGGAACAAAGGAUGUGUCCCUCACUGUCCCAGACACCAUCACCACCUGGGAGACGGAGGCUUUCUGUUUGUCCCCUCAGGGGUUUGGCUUGGCUCCUCGUAAAGAUAUCACCGUCUUCCAGCCCUUCUUCCUGGAGCUCAGCCUGCCUUACUCCAUCAUCCGGGGGGAGCACUUUGAACUGAAGGCAACCACCUUCAACUACCUGUCCAGCUGCAUCAUGGUCACUGUGACUCCAGCACCCUCUUUAGACUACACCCUCACUCCGCUCUCUGGUGACCAGUACACAUCCUGUUUGUGUGGCAGUGAGCGCAAGACCCUCAGCUGGACCAUGGCCCCCUCAGCCUUGGGGGUUGUGAAUGUGUCUGUGACGGCUGAGGCUGUGGCAUCCCACACUUCAUGUGACAAUGAGAUUGUGAGUGUUCCAGAGAGAGGACGUAUCGACGUGGUCACACGAUCUCUCAUAGUAAAGGCUGAGGGAACUGAGAUCACCAAGACCUACAACUUUCUGCUCUGCCCAAAAGGGGAAGCUGUGACAGAGGAAAUAGACAUCCAACUCCCCGAGAACAUGAUUGAUGGAUCUGCCCGUGCUUCACUAUCAGUCCUGGGUGACAUUCUGGGCCGAGCCCUGAAGAACCUGGAUGGGCUGCUGCAGAUGCCGUAUGGAUGUGGAGAGCAGAACAUGGCGCUCCUGGCCCCCAACAUUUACAUCCUCCAGUACCUGGAAAACACACAGCAGCUGACCGCAGCCAUCAGGGAGAAGGCUACCAACUUCCUGACCAGUGGCUACCAGAGACAGCUGAACUACAAACAUUUUGACGGUGCUUACAGCACAUUUGGAUCAGGACCUGGGAACACUUGGCUGACUGCUUUUGUGCUGAGAUCUUUUGCCAAAGCACAGUCUUUCAUCUACAUUGACCCAGUAAAGCUUGCCGAGUCUAAGUCUUGGCUGGAUGGCAAACAACGAGAAAACGGCUGUUUCCAGCAGCUAGGAAAACUCUUCAACAACAGAAUGAAGGGUGGUGUGUCUGAUGAAGUGACUCUCAGUGCUUACAUCACUGCUGCCUACUUGGAGAUGAAUACGUCCGUAAAUGAUCCUGUGGUGAACAAGAGCCUGUCUUGUCUCAGGGAGUCCAUCAGUGACCUCAGCAACACCUACACUACAGCUCUGCUGGCGUACGUCUUCACCCUGGCAGGAGACACGGAGACCCGUGCUCACCUUCUGAAGCACCUGGACACUGUUGCAUCAAACCAAGGAGGUUUCCUCCACUGGUCUCAGACAGCGACAGAAACGUCAGCCUCUCUGUCUGUGGAGAUCAGCUCCUAUGUGCUGCUGGCCAGACUCAGCGGCUCUCCCGCUGCUGAAGACCUGGGCGCCGCCACCAGCAUCGUCAGAUGGUUGACGGGCCAGCAGAACUAUUAUGGAGGCUUCUCCUCCACACAGGACACGGUGGUGGCUCUCCAGGCUCUGGCUCUCUACGCCACUGCAGUGUUCAGUCCAGAGGGUUCCAGCACAGUGACAGUCCAGUCUCCCAGUGGCCAGCUGACAUUUGAUGUGAAUCAGAACAACAAACUGCUCUACCAGGAGAAGCUGCUGCAGGAAGUGACAGGAAAGUACAGCCUGGAGGUGAAGGGCUCUGCAUGUGCUUCAGUGCAGAUCUCUCUUCACUAUAACAUCCCAACUCCUGCUGCUGUCACCACUCUCAGUGUGGAGGUCAAACCAGAGGCCGACUGCACAUCUCUCAGACCCAAACUCACUCUGAAGCUAAAGUCCCUAUAUAGUGGAACAGUAAGCACUACAAACAUGGUGAUCCUGGACAUCAAAAUGCUCUCUGGCUUUGUCCCAGACCCAGAGUCUUUGAGGAGGCUCAAAGGUGCCCUGCUGGUGGAUCGUGUUGAAGAAAAGGAAGAUCACGUUCUGGUGUACAUAACGGAGUUAACGAAGGACAUACCUAUCAACCACAGCUUAGACCUCCUACAGGAGCUCACAGUGCAGAACCUGAAGCCAGCCGUGGUCAAGAUCUAUGACUACUACCAGCCAAGUGACCAGGCUGAGACAGAAUACAUCUACCCUUGUGCUGCAGCUUGAAGAGUGAAGUGCGGUCAGUCGUCAGGUCGUCUCUGAUUCCAUUAUAAUUUUGACCUGCAUUUUAUUAAAGAUACAUUUUAGGUGCCUUGUGUAACUCCAUGUCUCUUUGUGUAGACAUAUACAAACAUUUAACACUUAUUUGCCUGUUACUAUUCGGCCAGUAUACCCUACAGCUGUGCAGGGGCGGAAUGGCCAUCGGGGAGUUCGGGAAGAUUCCUGAAUGGCUGGUCCCUUUCAAGCCGAACCGGCUGGUGGUCAAGAGUUUUUAUUUUCAGUUUCUAAUGUCUUACUUAAUGAUCUGCGACCAGAUACAGUGGAGUGCUGUCUGUGUGUCUAUCAGAAUGGGCCAAACUAAUACUUUUAUUAUUGAUGGAAAGGUUGCUGUGGCAGACGCAGAUGAGGCAGGAGAGAAAGAAGGGGAGGAACAGCAGGAGGAGGAGGAGAAUAAGAAGCAGCAGCAGGAGGAGGAGAAGGUCAAUGGAACCAGACAAAAUGGGUACAGGGGCUGAGCAGGGCUGAGUAGGCAAUCAUAUUAUUCAUAGAUAGAAUUAGAAAAUGGAUUAUUGUUAAUCAUAUUUAUUAUUGUUCUUCUCAUGCACAUGUAGCUGUAAAUUCAAUACAAGCAGAGGGUCCAGCACAGGAAUAGGCCUACUCAGAGCUGAAGAUGAGGGAUUUGAUUUUUAUGCAACACUGCUGUAUUUUAUGGGACUGCAUUAUAGUUUUUGAUUUAUAUUUAAGUAUUUUAGCGCUCUGACUGACUCAGGCUUGCCUGACCUGGUCUUGUUCAGUGCAGAGCUGCCUUGCUUAUACAAACUGAGGAGGCAGGUGUCAUCCUGAAGUUUCUUGAAGGCCUUCGGCAUAAUCUGAUUCACUGUAUACAACAAUAACACUAAUAUGUAUUAAAAUAACUGCAAAAAAUCUUACUCCGUAAGGGCACUCGAAUAAAAGGCCUCUCCAUCUCAAAGUCCCAGGCUGAAUUUCAGUCCCUGCAGCUGUGUACCUACUCUGUGUGUAAAGUUAAAUUCAUGCAUAAUUGACAAUAAAAUAAACUCAUCUGAAUAUUCCACUUAAAA